CUUUGACAUUGUUUAGAUAAGAAAAGCAAGAGAAUACGGUCGAAAUGCCUCACUUCUGCCAGUGAAGGUUCUCAGUCAUCUGGGUCAUAGUCUUCUUCUUCAUCUUCUUCAUCUGCAUCUUCUGGGGUUGGCUGAAGGCGACUGGACUUGCUUGAGUUAAGUUGAAGUCGUUUCACCUCUCGUCCAAAAGGCUUCUUCAAAAACUUGGGUGAAACCACCAACCCACCUCUGAACAGGUUUAGCUCUGCAUUGUUCAACUUAGACAAACAGGUUAGUCACCGGUUAGUCGGAACUGAAGACGUCUCUUGGAUGAGACGUGGAAUGUCUUCAGCAUAACUCAAGCAAACCCACAAAAGUGCUGCAAAGAGUCAUGCAGCAGCACAUCAUCACUGCAGUGAUGAAGAACCAGUGCAAGUAAAACCAGGGUUCACAGUGUGUCGAGCCGAGACAAGCGGCUAACAAGAGGCAUUCAAAGACCCUCGUAAAUGUCAUCACUUAUGAGAAAUGAUUUAGACUCGGGAAGUAUGGCCUCGUUUCCGCCAAGCAGUGGUAGUAGCUUAGCUCAAUCUGACCUAAAACCAAGCAGUGACCCUCAAAAAGACUUCAAAAGUUUUCAGAAUCAGUUCAAAUGUCUUCAGAAUUGUGGUUUUGAAGAAAAGAUUUGCCCUCAAUACCAUAAAGAUAUGCUUUGUGGUUAAAGUAACUGUUUACAUGGUCUUUUAGUAGUUUUUAGCCCCAAGGGAUUCAACAUGGCCUGAAAUGAAAAAGCGUCGCGAGAGGACGGGGAACUUGCCUGCAGAACAUCUCUGCGUCGUUGGCUGACAGCUUACUGGAAACCUGAAGAGACAGUGUCUGUCCUUACUCAGAGAUGAUAUGGUGUUUUGUUUUAUACGUGUCUUCUCCACCAACACAGUAUCUUCAGGAUGUGUCUUCUCAGUAUGACUGUACAGGAAACCACAAGAGCGUCUUCACUUCUCCGUUUGCUCCUUGUUCACUCUCCAGCCACAAUGAGCGGUGCUUUAAACCCCGGGGAGUGAGUGACAGCGUCCACGGACGGACGGAGGAAAUGCGACGUCAUCAGAGGAGGAAGAACGCCAUCUUAGCCGUGAUCCUUCUCGUUGGAGGAUUAUACUUAAUUAUUCACUCAAAUUUCUCCUUAACAGGCUCCACGGGGUCACGUGAAAACAGUUCAACUCCAUUAUCUUGGAUCACGGGGAGGAUGGUCAACAAGGAGUCCUGGGUUGCACAGGGAGAUUACCUGCCUCUCAAUGUGUCCUGUCAGCUGCUGGCUGGAGCGCCAUCUUUGCAGCAGAGGUUUUUAUGUAUCGGGUUGUCAUCGGUGAAGAGGAAGAAGGGCAGCUACCUCAUCCCCACCCUGCAGUCCCUCUUCUCCCAGUCGUCCCCCGACGAGCGCUCCUCCAUGGUGGUGGUGGUGCUGCUGGCGGACUUUGACGUUGCCUGGAGAGUCAACACGGUGACGGAGAUCAAAAGUGUGUUUGCCUCAGAGCUGGAACAAGGCCAGCUGGUGGUCCUCCAUGUUCCUCAGGACUGGUAUCCUCCUCUUACAGGUCUAAAGAGGAACUACAACGAUCCUUCUGGCAGGGUUUCGUUCCGCUCCAAGCAGAACCUGGAUUACUCCUUUCUGAUCCACUACAGUGCCAGUCUGGGCAAGUACUACCUGCAGCUGGAGGACGACGUCUUGUCUGCCAAACACUUCCUCACCUCCAUCAGGAAACACGUUGGCGAGCAAGAGGCCAAGAAAGACACUUGGGCAAUGCUGGAAUUCUCUGAACUGGGCUACAUUGGAAAGCUCUACAAGUCGGUGGACCUCCCUCUGCUGAGCCGCUUCCUCUUCCUCUUUUACCAGGAAAUGCCCUGCGAUUGGCUGAUGUCUCACUUUCGAGAACUGCUGACUCAGAGGAAGCCGAUCGACUUCAAACCCUCGCUGUUCCAACACAUGGGCACUUUCUCCUCUUUUGGCGGGACGUACAACAAGCUCAAGGACAAGUACUUUGAGGAGGGUUUGUAUAGCAACCCAAAGGCUGAGGUCUUCUCUGACAUGUCCACCUACCAGAAACACAUACCCAAACUGGCCUGGGACUUAGGGGAAACAUUCUUCUGGGGACGCGUCCCAGCAGCAGGAAAUUACCUGACUGUGGUGUUCGCUGAGCCCGCGGUGGUGACGGGGAUUCUGAUAGAAACAGGGUUGGACAAGAAAGACCUCCUGGUUUCAGCGCAGGUGGACAUAGGCCAUGAAGUGGUCACCACUGAGAACGGGGAGAAGAGCUGCAAGGAGUUCCAGUCAGUGGGAACUUUAAAGGACGGGAGGUUCGAUAUUAAAGAGAUGGACAAAAAAUACAGCUCAGCCUCUUCCUGUUUGAGGAUAAAAAUCACGGCUGGACAGACGGACUGGGUCAUUAUCAAGAAAAUCAGGGUUACAACAAAGCAGAGCACGGAAAAGAAUAGAAUAGAACAAUAGUAAAUAAGAAUAAAUGAGGGGGAGAGGUCCAUCUCCAGCGCCAAUGCUAUCAUAGAAGAGCUUCCUAUUCCCACCAGAUUCAUUUAUUUUUCUCCUAGAAAAGGGCUGUAAUUAAGGGCUAUUUUCAUUAUUUUCAUUCAUUUCAUUGAUGAUUUUUUUGUAUUCACUGAUGUGUGUGAUUUUACAUAUAUAUGUAUAUAUAUAUAUGUAUAUAUGUAUAUAUGUGUAUGUGUAUGUGUAAAAUGUGUGUAUGUAUAUGUUGUAAGUCGAAGCUGGUGAUGUGAAAUUGCAUUUAUUUUAUUUGCAGUUAUUGUUUGCAUUUCACUUCUCUGCUCUCUCAGGCACUUUAGUCGCAGGUCUCUCUGGGCCAGUUUAGGGCCUCGCGUUGGUUUCCUCUCCAGCAACUGGCUUCUCUUCAGCCGCAGAGCACCGGCUCAUCAGCCUUUUAUCGGCCAGAGAAGCCGGUUUGUCCACCACAGCCGCCUGUGAGUCCUGGUUUUGACGGGCGACACUCUCGCCUCCACUGACGGGGCGGGUCUGAGACGCUGGACGAGCUACAGCUGUGGUGGAUGGACAUAUGUCCAGCUGCUGGUCCACCAUGGUCUAGGAGAGUGGGAACAGAGAUGGGACUAAACUUAUCUUAACUUGUAAAGUAAAAAUAACACUUUUUUUUUUUACAAACUAAAAUGUGAAUUAAUAAGCAAAAAAAACCACA